AUGGAGGCCCAGAGGGAUGGCCGCUCCUGGGGGCGCUGGUCACUGAUGCUCCUGCUUCUGGGCCUGGCGACGCCGCCAGCCACUGCCCAGGCCCUCAGCUACAACGAGGCCGUGCUCCGUGCCGUGGAGGCCUUCAACCAGCGGUCCUCGGAGGCUAGUCUCUACCGCCUCCUGCAGCUGGACUCGCAGCCGCCCAGUGCAGACGAGGACCCAAACAGCCCGAAGCCUGUGAGCUUCACGGUGAAGGAGACUGUGUGCCCCAGGACGACGCAGCUGCCGCCCGAGCAGUGUGCCUUCCAGGAGAACGGGCUGGUGAAACAGUGUUCGGGGACCGUCACCCUGGACCAGGCCAAUGGCCCCUUUGACAUCAACUGUGUGAACGUUCCAGGGCCCCUGGACAAUGGCGUGGCCAGCGGACUGUGGUCUGAGAAGAGCCUGGAACCUGGAGGACAUGGCGUUGAGGCCGUGGCAGCAUUAGGAGGAGGGAAGGCGGUGGCAGGAGCCACGGCAGCGGCGGUGCCGGAGGCCCGAGGGGGACCUCUGUGCAGCGAGCUAGAGAUCCUCGCUUUGGUUUAG